AUGAUUAGUAAUAUAGAUGCAACAGUUAUCACUCACAAAAGACAAUGUUUCGGUGCAAGAGAGCUUUCAGAAGACCCCCAGACAGCCCCCUCCCACCCGACCCGCUCCCGCUCCUUCAGGCGCUUCCCUCUCGCCCUCAGGACCGCGCAUCACGGUGUCCCUGACCUCGCUCCUCGUCCUGUCCACCUUCUUCAACCAGGUCAGCCAAGACGAUCCCGAGGACGUCCUACCAAAGCUCAUCGACGUUGGUUCCUGGCGCUCAUCCUGCAGGAGUUCUUCAUCAUCCUGUCGCCGUGUACGUCGAGACCCUCCGCCUGGGCGCUGGAGGGCGCGCUGAAAAGGGUCCUGCCGGCGGGGCCCUUCUGCGGGAGGGGCGCGCCGGCCGGGAGCGCGUUCGGCUGGCCCGAGGCCGCGCGAGCAAACAGGCACAUGCGGUGCUGGUUGUCUAUCCCACUGGAUGACAUAAAUCCUGAUCCAGGAAUUUUAAAGGAUUCAAGGAACACGGUCGUGCACCAAAGGGAAGUGGAAAAGAAUAUUGCAUCAGUUGACCCUAUUCUCUUGGGCUAUAAUGCGCUAUAUGAUGUGUUCGUAGUUAUAUUGUACUAUUAUAUCAGAAUCCUCUUCCUAUAUUAUAAUCAUAAAAAGACCCUAACUUCUACUUCCACCACUGCCACCACAACAAGAAACACAUCAUCACCAGUCGUCCAAGAGAAAAUUGUCCACACCAUUGGUAACAGUUCAGGGAUAAGACCACCACUGUCAACAGCAAGUUCUAGUUCUGUUAUGAAUACUUCUAACACAGAAAAUUCUGCUGUUAAUAAUAACAAUUGCCUCAACUAUGAGUUUUGCAAGAAUGAGAAAUUGAACAAGUAUUAUCAGCGCCUGUCUGAAUAUUCAGUUGACAAGUUAAAACGGAUGACAGACCGUGAACUCCUAGAUUUAGGGCUGACAAAAAGUGCCCUAACAAAGCUACGGCGUGUCCUGGCUGGUUUAGAAUCCCCUAAUUACCACUGUCCAAAUGGCUUUACCAGUCCACCAGCUACCCCACAUGCGCACUCAUUACCCCAGGCAAACCAUACAUCUUUCAGUCAGUCAGAUAAUGCCACUCAAAAUCAAAUUAUGCCUAAUGUUAACCAGAGCAGUUUACAAAGUCAAGCCAGUUCAGUGCACAAUCCUCCUAUCACCACCAUCACUUCCAACAGUACACACAGUGUGCACACAACACACACAUCAAAUGCCACACACUCAGCACUGCAGAGCCAAACACAAAAUCAUGGAAAAACUUAUCAAAACACAAAUAUGGAACAUCCUGUAAAUGGAACAUCAGAUCGACAGAACAGCUCUCCCCCUAACACCACCCUGACCCCAACUCCAACCACUACCACCACCACCACUAUCUCUUCCUCUUCCCCCUCCUCAACUUCUUCCUCCUCUUCUUCCUCCUCCUCUUCCUCCUCCCCCUCCUCCUCCUCUUCUUCUUCUUCUUCUUCUUCUUCUUCUUCUUCUUCUUCUUCUUCUUCUUCUUCUUCUUCUUCUUCUUCUUCUUCUUCUUCUUCCUCCUCCUCCUCCUCUUCCCUGGAAUCUGAAGUGCCAUCAUCUGCCCUGAGCACCACCACCUCUGGUGCUGUUACUGUGGUAACUAUCACAUGUGCCAGCCUUAUAUCCCCAGCUGUUUCUCUUGGUAGCAUUGCUGCAACAACAAGCACAUCUGCCUCUCCAGUUGCAGCAACACAAGUCACUCAAUGUCAUACAGUCACAAUUCCACCAAGUCAGAAAUUACCCAGUGUUUCACAACCACCACCAUUUUCUUCAUGUAGCGGAAAUUCCGCUACACCUGUAAUCACUGCAGCUAUGAACGUGCAGAGUUCUCAUUCAAACUGUAGCUCUGCCAUACCUUCUACUACCUCUCAUCCCACAUCUGCUGUGCCUACUUCUGUCUCAGCUACUAACUGUGUUCCUCACUACAUGACAACUCCACCUCCGUGCAUCCAGCUGAAGACUCCACCACUAUCAGGUGGCUCCAGUCAACACCACAUAGCUACUCAGCCUCAGCAUGGCCAGCUUAGAACACCCCCACCUCCACUGUGCGUUCCUCCCCGCACACCUUCGCGAGAACCAGCUACUCCAAGCACAAGCAAUGGGCUCAAUAUCAGUAAUGGAUCCCAGCAGGCCUUCUACACUAGCAACAAUGGACCAGGUGUAAAGAGUGGUGCAGCUGCCAGUUGUAGUAUUGCAGGACCCACCCCAUCCUUGCCUGGGAGUAUAACUGGUUACAGCAACCCGGUAGGCAUGCACACCUCCUCUGGGAAUAUGCCGCUUCCUGCCUAUACUUCUGCAGCAACUGUAGCUUAUACUGUAGCCAAUAAUAUGAACAUGCCUGUUUAUACAUCCUCUGGGAACAUGGGUGUUCCCCCACCCACUAAUGGAGGGUUGAUGCCAAUGGUACCUCCAGGAAGUUCAUAUCCUACCACCUACUUGUACCCACUACUAGGGGGCCCUGCAGGCUCGCAUACCUAUGUUCCUCCAGGGUCUUAUGCUGCCCAGCAUCCCCAUAGACCUGUUUAUAUAUCACAUAUGCAGCCAAUGGGCCAUGUAGCCCACAUGAAGCCCACACAUCAACCAGGAGGACAUGUGGGCACUGGGGGUGGCAGUAGAGGUGGAAGUAGCAGCAGCAGCAGUAGCAUUAGCAGUGGCAGUGUACGAGGAUUCAACAAGGUUGGGCAGAGGGGCCACGGUCCAAUCAAAGGUGGCACAAGGUCGUCGGACUCUUCUCCUUCAUCCUCGCAGUAUUCAUCCCCACCACAGACACCUAGUCCAGAUCAUACACGUGACACAGAUAAACGAGGUAAAAAUGAUGGAACUGAACCAGGGGAAGCAGGGGAAACUGUAGGACUAAUAGGGUCAGGUGCUAGUGAAGAAGGAACUCCACCCCCAUUGCACCAUCCCCCUAAUCCUGUCCUGAUGCCUCCUCACACUGGCUUAGCACAACCCCGUUAUGUGCAGUACCAGCCACUAAGCUACGUGGGUUUUCACCAGGCAGGUAUAAGGUACCAGGGUUUGCCCUUGUCAGCCCAGACACAUGUGGUGGCUCCUAGAAAUCCUCUUCCACUGAAUGGGGACAAGUCCAGCCGUGAGACUACGCCCCCUGCACCAGUUUCCUUACCGCUGGUUCAGCAAGAUCCACAGUGCUGUAUACGAUCUACUGACAGUAAUGUUGCCCCAACCACAUCAGCUGGGGGGAGUCAUGGGCGUAAUGGUGGCUCUCCUCACACAGUACCCUCCCACCCAGAUGGUUCUUUGCCUCCUGUAGCUCUCACCCCUGUCCCAAGUAUUGCCUCAGCCACCACAGCCCAAGUACCUCCUGGUAAUUUGUGUUCUGGAGCAAGACAUAGUAAUGUACAGUACAAUGCCCCAAGUUACCCAGUGCUCAUGGGUACACACAUGUUUCCUCACCUUCCAGGAUUUAUGCCAGCCCAUAGCUCUGGUUUGUCGAAUGGCUUUGUAUCCCCUUCAUUACCUCCUAACAUAGCCUUUCCCCCAAUGGGCAAUGGAAUGAAUGCAGAAUUUGGUGUAUAUGGAGGUCAGUAUCCGGUGUUAGGAGGUAACUCUCAAGGUGGUGGUGGUGGUGGUGGUGGUCCGGCCACUGCUUGUGGAACCCCAAAUGUGAUGGGGCCCCCAUCCACUCCGGGCCCUGGCCUUGCUGCUGGGCUGCCUUACCCUCACCACUAUGUCCUGCCCCACACACCCAAUCCGUCCGCCGGUGCAAAGAAGACUUGCUACAACUGUGGGCAGGUGGGUCACCGCGGUGCUGAGUGCAAGGAGGCAAACAUAGAGGAAAUGUGCAAACGUACCAAGGACCGUCCGGUCUGAGUACAAAAUAUCAUGGUGCAAUAAUAAAAACACAGCCACCCAUUAUGCCAGCACUGUGGAACAGAACUCUCAGCACAACUGACAAAGCUACCUUAGGUCAAGGGCUGAAAAUUGUGUGUUGAUAGUCAUCAUCAUUUGCAGUUUUGAGCAUCAAGCUGACUGUGGUUUUAAAGUAAAUGUUGUUUUACUUACAUAGACUAGUCCAUGACGAAUGCAGAUGCAAGAGUGGUCAUGUUAUUGGUCAAUCUAGUGCCAACAAUUUUCCUAUCAAAACUCAUAUUAUUUCAUCUGAUAGGGGUAUAAUUAGGAAUGAUGGUUGAUAUAAGUAUGCAGCUGAAUUAUUUUUCAACAGUGAGAAGUUUAUAGUUCUGAAAUGAAUUUUUAUUUAUUGAAGAUUAAAAGGAAUAUGUUAAGUAUUGUGUAUGUUAACACUAUUUGUGAUUAUUGAUGAGAAUGUAGUCAGUGAGUAUUCAGGAGGCCAAAGAAGUAACAGAUGAUG